AUGAUAAUCUGGUCUCCCCUUCCUUUGCACGCUCCGGAUGCUGUCAAUCAGGACCACAGUUGCCUUUCAUCUAGUAUCCAUGGCUCCUUUGACUACCGAGUCAGUGCUUUCCCCUUCACAUCCAAUAGAAGCUUCCCCGCAGUUCGCGCCUGCAUUUUCGACCUGGACGGACUGCUCAUCAACACGGAGGACAUAAUCACUCUGUCUACGAAUAAGCUCCUUGAUAAAUAUGGGAGACCUGCCUUUACACGGUCAAUCCGAGCCCAGCUUAUGGGCAUUCCCAAAUCGACGAACGGCGAUCAAUUCGCUCGCGAGUCGACUGAGCUAAUGCAAGCGCAUUUUCCAAAUUGCAAGCCGCUUCCUGGGGCAGAGAGACUUCUUUCAAAUCUCAGCCGCGCGCGUAGUACUUCUUCGAUGGCCAAGAUACAGAUGGCACUGGCAUCUAGCACCAAGAGCCAUAGCUACGAGUUAAAAGCUUCGAGUCCGGGAACAGAACAGCUGCUUGGCUUCUUCCAGUCAGACAGGAAGGUUCUAGAUGACGACCCACGAUUGCGACAGGGUCGAGGGAAGCCGGCUCCUGACAUUUUCUUGAUCGCAUUACAGACGUUGAACUCAGCUGCAGAUUCUAGUGAAACCCCAAUCUCGCCCAAUGAGUGUUUAGUCUUCGAAGAUAGUGUAAUUGGGGUGGAGGCUGCAAGACGGGCUGGAAUGAGAGUAGUUUGGGUACCACAUCCAGACGUGGCUGGCGAGUAUCAAGCAAGGCAGGAGGAUGUUCUGGCUGGCAGGACGAAGUUGAUUGAUAUUGGAGACGACUGGCAACUAGGGGAGAUUGGUGGCAGUUGGGCUGAAUGUAUAAAGAGCCUAGAGCACUUCGACUACGAGAAGUACGGCAUCGAUGUGCCACUUUAA